AAAUCGCUUUGGAGAGAAAGGAAGUCAGGAACACAGCGAACACCAGCUCACAAUCACACCUCGGGACUGAAAGCGGGGCGAGAACUGACAUAGCGAGGUUGUAACUAACACAGCAAUAACCCAGAGACUCCGCUUCAGUUCUGUGAACCAAGGGCCGACCCGUUUCAUGCAGUUUCCCCCUCAGCACAAUAGCUGGCUCUGUGUGUGCGUGUUUUAAGCUCUUCUUUAUUGUAAUAACAGCGGCGGAGAGCUGAAAGAGCACAGACAUACACUCGCUCACAAUUGUUCUGUAACCUUGCAGUGUCAAUCUUCCCAAUAAAAGGACAUCUCUGUGUGUCUUGCUGCGUCCGAGGAUUCACCACCACAUCCAUCAAAUGUGAAGAACAUUUUAAAACCCUCUUAAAGCGACUCGGAAAGGGAUUUUCUCUUCCCCCACCACCCACCUCUGGAGUUCCUUAAAGGGGAAGGCUCUUCGAAUUGGAACCGGGAGCUGGGCUGUGUUAAACUGAACCGGUGCGGGAUAGGGGAAAAAGCGGAGUCAAGUGACCUGAUGGGUUGUUGAGGUCGCCUCCAUAGGCAUCGGAAGGAGCAUGGUAAAACACCAACCACUUCAGUACUACGAGCCCCAACUAUGCUUGUCCUUCCUCACAGGGAUCUAUGGGUGCAGGUGGAAGCGAUACCAGCGAUCACAUGACAGUACGACCAAGUGGGAGCGUCUGUGGUUCCUCAUCCUUUGCAUCACCUUCUUCCUGUCCCUGGUCUGGUUCUACUUCUGGUGGGAGGUGCACAAUGACUAUAAUGAGUUCAACUGGUACAUGUACAACAGGAAGGGAUACUGGAAUGACUGGUCAGUUCCAGUAUUGGCACUAACUUCAGCAGGAUUCACAUAUGUUACAUUUUUACAGUUUUUAGCACUAUGUCACAUAGCAGUGGGGCAACAGAUGAACCUGUACUGGCUGCACAAGGUUGGACUGACGGUGAUCUUGGUGACCCUGCUCGUGGCCAUGAUAUCAGUCAACCAGAUGUGGAAGGAGGAAUGGGAUAUUAUUCUGAUAUCAUUUCAAGCCACCGCUCCCUUCCUGCACAUUGGCGCAGUUGCCGUGGUUACGCUGCUGGCCUGGCUGGUUGCCGGCCAGUUUGCCCGAUCGGAGAGAAUGGUGUUCCAGGGUUUCCUGCUGCUGCUGUAUCUGGGAGUUCUCCUGUCCCUUUACCUGCUGCCGCUGGUGAUCCACUCGCCGUGCAUCAUGAACAAGGAGGAGCUGGGCCGGAGACCAGCCGUCAUUGGGAACCGGGGGCUGCCGAUGCUAGCCCCAGAGAAUACCCUGAUGUCCUUCCGGAGGGCGGUCGAUCAGCGAGCAGACGGCUUCUUUGUCAAUGUCACCAUCAGUUACGACGGAGUCCCCUUCCUGGUGCAUGACCCCACUCUCCGACGGACGACCAACGUGCAAGAGCUCUUCCCCGGCCGAGGUUCUGAUAACGCCGCCAUGUUCAACUGGACGGAUCUGAGGGAGCUCAAUGCGGGCCGCUGGUUCUUCCAGGAGGAUCCUUUCUGGACGGCCAAGGAACUCUCUCAGAAGGAUAACGCGGAGGCCUUGAACCAGUCGCUGUGCCGGCUGGUGGAGGUGUUGGAGCUGGCACUCCAGAGGAACAAGUCAGUGAUGGUGGAUCUCUGGAGGCCUCCAGCCGGGCACCCCUUCCACUCCUCCUGGAUCAACGUCACCCUGGACACCAUCCUAGAAUCGGGAAUCCCCCAGGAGCUGGUGAUGUGGCUCCCUGAGGAGGACAGGUGGCUGGUUCAACAACUGGCCCCGGGGUUUCAACACGUCUCUUCUGUGAAGCAAAAUGCUACCACACUGCACAGCCAAGGCAUCUCCGGACUGAACCUGCGGUACAACAGGGUCGACGCGGACGAGCUGCGGGAGUAUGCUUCAAAGAAUAUAAGCACUAACCUGUACCUUGUGAAUGAGCCGUGGCUGUUUUCUGUAUUGUGGUGCGCUGGAGUGCAGUCUGUUACAUCCGAUGCUUGUCAGAUCUUGAGCAAAGUGCGGACUCCCACCUGGAUAUUGCAUCCUGACGAAUACCUGAUGCUUUGGAUAACUUCAGACAUUAUAUCGGUCACCAUCGUGGUGGGAAUGUUCAUCCUGCAGAAAUGGCGCCUGGGCAGCAUGAGGACCUACAACCCGGAACAGAUCAUGCUGAGCGCGGCAGUUCGCAGGUCGAGCCGCGAGGUCAACAUCAUGAAGGAGAAGCUGAUCUUUGCAGAGAUCAACAACGGACUGGGCAGCUCGGACGAUGGCUCACUCUGCUCCGAGAGCGGAUUCGAUGGCUAUAUGAACGAGACAGUCGGUUCCCCGGGUCACCGAGGGUCGAGGAAGUGCGUCAACUGAGAGCGGCACCUGGGGCUCCAGCUUAACCCCCUUCCUGUGACGUCCCGGUUUGGAAGGGGUUCCGUCCUCCUCAUCCCUCCCCUACCCCCUCCCCUCACCCUUCCUCCUCCCAGCCAAACUUCCCCUUCCCAGCCUGAAUCCCUGGAGAUCCCGGAUUCCACUCCAUAACCCGCUGGAGGGAUUUGGUGGGGGUGGGAAGUGUGGAAUAGGAUGAGGUCGGGACUUGGGGAGAGACUUUGGACAUGAUGUCCGCGGGAGGAUCUGUGGAAGGGAAAGUCCCCUCCCCUCCCACCCCACUCCACCCCAGUCAGCUCUCCGACCCCCUCAAAUGUCUGAUUGGGGUUGAGCACAAACUGGGGCAGACCCCUGAGGGUGAGGAGGAGGGGGAUGUGUGUGUGUGUGUGUGUGUCACUGAGGCAAAGGCAGGAAUGUCUCCCGAUCUGCUGCCUGGCAGUAUGACCCUUCCUUGCUCCUGCUGAAAGAUCUCUUGGUUGUUACUCAUUUCUCUCCCUUGGUCGGUUGUAUGCUCUGUUUACAUUCAGUGGAUGUGUUAAAGUUAUUAUAUAAAUAUAUAUGGA